AUGACAAACUUAUUUGCAGCCGAUACUCUCCUCUCCCAGUUGGGUCCUCCCCAAUCAAUCGCUGAUAUUACUGCUUUGAGCGCCCUCGGCGUUGCAUCAGCAGCAUAUCUCCUCCGGGGUAUCGCCUGGGAUAGACCAGAUCCUUACCAUCAUGUCUGGUUUGAACGCAUGGGCUCCAAGAGUGGUGCUUCCUCAGGACCCAAAGCGACUCGCGAUAUAGCCAAGAGAUUAGAAGAAACUGGUAAAGAUGUUGUCAUCUUCUGGGGCUCCCAGUCAGGCACCGCGGAAACGUUGGCCAACAGACUCUCAAAAGAGUGCCAUCUUCGCUUCGGUCUCCAGACUCUCUGCGCUGACCUUUGCGAUUAUGAUCCAGAAUCUAUUGCCAACCUUGCUCAAAGCAAGCUUGCAAUCUUCAUCCUAUCUACAUACGGAGAAGGCGAUCCCAGUGACAACACAGCCGCCUUCUGGGACUGGCUCACCAAGACAUCCAGUAUCCAACUACCUAACUUGAGGUAUAUAGCCUUUGGUCUUGGAAACACCAGUUAUAGAUAUUAUAACCGUGUUAUUGAUGUUGUAGUACAACAUCUCGACAAAUCUGGUGCUUCUCGACUUCUGCCUGUUGGUAGAGCCAAUGAUGCCCAGGGCGGUACUGAGGAAGACUUCUUGUCUUGGAAGGAUGAUCUUUAUACUCAUUUCCAGGAGAAGCUGGGUUAUCAAGAGCGCGAUAUCCCAUACGAGCCAAGCAUUCGGCUUGUACAAGAUGAUUCGCUUGAUAUCAUGGACCUCAAUCUUGGAGAGCCUAUCCCAAACCGAAGCGGACCUGCAAAGGUUGUAAAGCAAUACUCUCCUAUUCGCCCUCUGGCUAUCCAGUCAUCUCAAGAACUUUACGCGUCUCCGGGAAGAAACUGUCUCCACAUGGAGCUCGAUAUUUCGGAUCAACCUGAACUUCGAUACAGAACUGGCGAUCAUCUAGCCAUCUACCCGAUCAAUCCCGAUCAAGAAGUCCAGUUUCUUCUUAAAGCUCUUGGAUUGGAAGACCGAGCUGAAAAACCUCUCCUCGUUCAAACUCUUGAAGAGGGUGCAUCUACCAAGAUCCCUAGUCCUACGUCAGCGCAGGCCCUGUUCCGCCAUUAUCUUGAAGUAGCGGCGCCAGUGUCUCGAGAGACUGUCGGACAACUGGCAAAAUUCGCACCUUCAUCUGGAAGUGCUGAGGCAUUGACAGUUUUGGCCAAGAGUAAGGAAGCGUAUGCUACCUACAUUGCCAGCAAUCACAUCACCAUGGGCCGUCUGUUGCAUCUCGUCGCUCCUGGAACCGUCUGGCUCAAUCUGCCUCUCUCGUACGUGGUUGAGACGUUACCUUGCAUUCAGCCACGUUACUAUUCUAUAUCCUCCUCGAGUACAGUCUCAGCUCGCAGACUUUCAAUCACUGUGGGCGUUGACAAGUCGCCGCUGCAGCAAGACCCAAGCAAGUGCAUUCGUGGUAUCACGACAAACUACCUCUACGCCCUCGGAAACGCCCUCAAUGGCGAUUUUUCACAGCCAGAUGUUGGUCCCGACGCUCAAUCGUAUGCCUUAUCUGGCCCUGGUGAUGCUCUCAAGGGCCACAAGGUGUUUGCGUGUAUCCGUCGUUCAAACUUCAAACUCCCAACAUUGAGUUCAACGCCAAUCAUCAUGAUCGCUGCUGGCACAGGUCUCGCCCCAUUCCGUGGCUUCAUCCUUGAGAGAGCUCGUCUCCAAGCUGUCGGAAAGCCCAUCGGUAAGAUGCUUUUGUUCUUCGGAUGUCGCUCCCCGGAUCAAGAUUACCUCUACCGCGAUGAACUUGCCGAGGUUACCCAAAAGCUACAAGGCUGUCUUGAAGUUGUAAAUGCUUUCUCGCGAGCUGAAGGGGAGCCUAAGAAGUAUGUGCAAGACAGAGUGGAAGAGAGAAAGAGCCAAGUGUGUGAUCUUUUACAAGAGGGUGCCAGUAUCUACUUUUGUGGUCGUGCGGCUAUGGCGAGGGAGGUUGGGAAUGUAGUUGAGGAGUCGAUGAAGAAGCAGAAUAGUUGGACUGAUGAAGAGGCUCGAAGCUGGGCUGAGUCGGCAAAGAAGGGAAAUAAGUGGCUUGAAGAUGUUUGGGGAUGA